GGCGGAGAGGGCACGGGUCAGGGGUCAGGGGGCGCGGGCCGGUCGGACAUGGCGGCCCCCGAGCGGCCGGACUGUGAGAUGGAGGAGGCGGCGCACGCCUACCUGCUGAUGAGGAAGGACUACCGCAUCUCCCGCAACGUGCGGCUCGCCUGGUUCCUCGCCCGCCUGCACCAGCCCGUCUGCGCCGCGCCCGACCCGGGGCUGGUGCCGGCGGACGAGGAGCUGGCGGUGCUCAGCGUCCUGCCGCACGGCUGGCAGCCAGACGAGCUGCUGCGGCCACGGCCGUGCCUGCUGGUGCCGUCCACGCGAGUCACCUUCCUGGCGCGGCGCUACCGCUUCGUCAUCGAACUGGACCUCAGCCCGUCCACCGGCAUUGUGGAUGAUUCAACAGGGGAGAUCAUUUUUGACGAGGUGUUUCAUGCCCUUUCCCGGUGUCUGGUGGGUCUACUAAGGCCCUUCCAAAUCCCUGGUUCGGACAUUAUCUACCAGCCGGAGAUCUUUGUUACUAUCCAAGCGUAUUCGUCCAUCAUCGGCUUGCAGUCCCACCAGGUGCUGUUCCAAGGCUGUCAGCUGGAUGAGAGUAAGAGAGAUGCCUUCCUGCAGCAAGUGUACACACAGCUGUGCACUUUUGAGAACAAAGUGGCAGAGAUGCUUCAACAGCAGUAUGAACCCAAACCACAGGUGGAUUUGUCAUCACUUAGCCAGGACAGCCCUUGUGACCCACAGGACCCUCCUGGAAGGAAGCCGGGAGUCUCUGUGGUCACUGCUGAUGUUGGGCUCGUCAGCAUGAUCCGACAGGGGAUCCUGGCACUGCAGCUGCUGCCUUCCAACUCCACAGCAGGUAUCAUCGUGAUUACUGAUGGUGUGACCAGUGUCCCUGAUGUGGCUGUGUGUGAAACCCUGCUCAACCAGCUGCGCAGCGGCACUGUGGCCUGCUCCUUUGUGCAGGUGGGUGGAGUCUACUCCUAUGAUUGCAGCUUUGGCCACGUCCCCAAUGUGGAACUGAUGAAAUUCAUCGCCAUGGCAACUUUUGGUUCCUACCUCUCCACCUGCCCAGAGCUGGACCCGGUGAGCCUGGAUCUGAACGUGUAUCACAAGGCCUUCCUGCUGUACUCCUUCCUGCGCACAGGGGAGUCCUUGAAUCUGGAGUACUACUGUGGUGUCAGCAGUAGGACACGUGUGGACAGGGGUGACAAGGGGCAAUGGGAAAUCUUUUUCCAGCCCCUCCUGCUACGUGGAGUUUCAGAACUGGCCAGGGAGCAGUUGUCUUGUGAGCCCAGGCCCAGGGAAGAGAGAGUGUCUCAGCACAGACUGUUCAAUGAGCACCUAGUAUCUGCAAGCAGCAACCCUGCCCUGGCAAUGAGGAGGAAGAAGCACACUGAGAAGGAGGUGCAUGCAGACCUUGUGAGCAUUGUCUCCGUCCGGCUUCGGGAGGGCUACAGCAUCCGGGAGGUCAACAUCACCAAAGGUGGCUCCCAGCUGGAAGUGAAGCUUGUGCUGCUGUGGAAGCACAAUAUGCGGAUUGAGUACCUGGCUGUGGCACCGUGGCCCCUGGACCCCUCCAAGCGCAGCACGUGGGUGGAGGUGACAAUGGAGGGCAGCUAUGACAUCUUGCAUGACAUCAGCUGCACCAUGAGGAAGCCCAUCACCAGCCUGUACCGCACCACAGUCAUCCGUCGUUUCUGGAACACACUGCAGAGCAUCAACCAGACAGAUCAGAUGCUGGUUCACCUGCAGUCCUUUGACACCAUUCCUGAGCACUUCACCAUCCCAGAAAGCACCAAGAACGGGGUGCCCCUCUUCUACAUCCCACCAGGCUCCACCACACCGGUAUUGUCCUUGCAGCACAGCGGGUCUGACUCCAGCCACUCGCAGUUCGCCUCCUACUGGAAACCAAUCCUUUCCAUGGAUGCAAACUUCUGGCAGAGGUGGCUGCACAUGCAUCGCAUCGUUCUGCUGCUGGAGCAUGACACGCCGGUCCCCAAACACCUGCACACGCCUGGGAACAACGGCCGCUAUAGCACCAUCCAGUGCCGCAUCUCGCACUCUGCCCUCACCUCCCUGCUGCGGGACUGGAGUAGCUUUGUACUGGUGGAAGGCUACUCCUACGUGAAGCUGAUACACAGCUCAGAGGAUCCAACCCCUUCUUCGUUCUACGUGGUGCGGAUCAUCUCCAAGGCCCCCUGCAUGGUUCUCCGGUUGGGAUUCCCUAUUGGAACGCCUGCCCAAGCCAGGAACAAGAUUGUGGAGGAGUUACGGGACCGGAUCUUGCAGCUGCGCUUCCCUCACCGGGUCCAGAGCAAAGAGGCGACUCCCAAAGCGAAGAGGAAGUCGUUUGGCAGCAGUUCCCCAUCCAAGUCUCCCCCUGUGGCAGGGGCGCAGCCAGCCUUCUCAGAUAGACCCUGUCUGGUUGUGCUCCACAAGCCGCUGGAAAAGCUUCUGAUCAGGUAUGAGAAGCUGCCUUCUGACUACCGGGCUCCCUUCAGCCUCACCCUGGAGCACCCCGCUGUGUCUGGCCCACUGACCAUGGCCAGCCGCACUGCCUCCUCCACCCUGGCCUCCCUGUCCCGCUACUUCUACCACCAGCGCUGGAUCUGGAGUGUCCAGUCAGGACUGGCCCCAGCUGUCCCUAUCACAGCUGUAGCCCAGCUCCUGUCCACACUCACAGAGCUCCGUCUCUCGGAGGGCUUCCGCUUUGCAUCCAGUGGUGAUGGGAUUAUCAACAUGGCACUGGAGCUGCCCAUACAGAUCAAUGACUCAAGUGAGAGCGGCAAGGAGAAACACACAUGCAUCGUGCAGUACCUCCUCUUCCCACCGCACUCCACCUCCACCAAGGACAGCUUCUCCACAGAUGAUGACAAUGACACUGAGGUGGAGGCCAUCGAGGUAGAUACAGAGCUGAACCUGGUCACUGAGUGCUGGGUGGAGCCACAGAGUGGCCAUGUCCACAGUACUGCUGAGAACUGGCGGCACUUCCAGGGCCUGCCCUAUCAGAAGAUCCCCAAAGCGCUGUUUCCCAGGGACCUGGCCUGCAUCAGCACCUUGCUGACCUUCGAGUAUGUCAGCCAGCUGUGCCAGAACAAGGACUGGGCAUGCCCUGUAUCUGAUGCCAGGGCCACAGAAGAUGCUGAUGUGGGGGCCGGCUCCCGCGUGCAUGAGAUCCCCUUCCAGUUCAACCUCUUGAAGCUGCUUCCUCGGUGCCAGCAGAUCGAGAUGUUCUUCCUCAUGCUGACAAGGGAGGAUGACAGGGCGGCCAAGGACCCCAUGUUCAUGCCCAACGAGAUGCUGCUGAGCCUCUUCCAUGGCUGCUUGGAGCACGACCUUAGCGACCGUGAGAUCCCCUUGGCCAAUGCUGACCACAUGGCCUUCAUGGAGCAGGUGCUGCAGCGGGACCGCGAUGGCCACCUCCCGCCCUUCACGCUCCCCAGUAUCCAAGAGGAGACACUGAAGGCCCCUGCACCCCUGGAAGGGCAGGAUACCUCCAUGUCCUUUCACCCUGCUGGCGGCAGUAGCAGCACCAAGGAUGGGACUGGCUCCACUAGCACCCUGCAGAGCCUGGGCAAUGUGGAGCUGCCAGAGGAUGUUGCAGCCCUGGCCGACAUGGUGGGACUUCUCCCCCUGCAGUGGCGGUGCUACGCCAAGCUGAUCAAUCUGCAGCAUCUCUUCCUCACCUUCCUGCCAGCCACCUUCACUGAUGUGCAGAAGCUGGUGGCGUGUGGGCUGGAGAAGCCCCCAAAGGAGGAGGCCAGCCCGGAGGAGGCCGAUGCUCUGCCCAAUUCCCCACAGGAAGACUCCAGGGCGGGGGCAGAUGCUGCAGCACCAUUGCCCACCCUCAGCGUUACACCAGCCCAUGAGGCUGGCCAGGACCCUAGCGAGCCGGGCGCCGCUCCACGCAGGGACGUGCACAUCUCCUUCAGCCGCCAGGCCUCGCAGCCUGACCCCAGUGAGUGCCGCCGCAUCCGUUGCCCUGUGUAUGUCUACAGCUGCUCCCUGGAGGCGCUCCGGGAGCAGCUGGUCAGCCCACGGGCACACCGUCCGCCCCAUGACAUCUUCUUCAGAUCCCAGUCUCUGGACCGUCCCCCCAGUGCCUCUUGGCUGGACCACAAGCACAAGGAGCUGGUGGGCUACUGCACGCUGCUUCAGGAGCACUCGCACCAGUGCUAUGUGAAAGGGCUGUUCAAGAGCCUGCAGCAGUCGCACGGGAUCAGCUCACAGGACCUGCUGACAGCCAUGGACUACUGCGAGGAGCUGCUGCAGGAGAUCGACAUCACCCACUUCCUGCUGACGUUGUGCAGCCACGUGCGCUCCUUCCGUGAGAGCCAUCAGCAUUUCCGCACUCACACCAAGGCCACCGGCUUCCACAUGGGCAGUGUUGAGCAAGACAAUGAGUUGGGUGCCCGGGAGAGAGGUGUCCUUGCCUCAGAGUCCAGUGCGGAAAUGGAGGACUACAGCGAGCAGGACUCCCACCAUAUCUCCAGCCCCACUGAGGAGCUCAGGGGCAGCGCUGGGGCCAGCUGCUGCCCAGAGUUCCCCCUCUCUCUGCUGGGGAGCAGCCAGCCCUGCCAGAUGCACCCUGACCUGCACAAGAUCAUCCAGGAGAAGUUCCUAGAAAUCGGGAGUCUGCACUUCAAGCCGGUGCCAUCCAACCCACACUACUUCUUCUACUGCCCGCCGUCUGCCAAGAAAGAGGAGGAGGCCACCCGGGACCUGGCAGACAGGAAAGGCAGUGAGGACCUGGAGGGCUCAGAGCCCGACCUGGCAGCUGAGGAAGGGACCACCUCGGGAUACUGCAUCGCCACAGAGAGUGACCCUGAGCUGGAGGUGGAGUACCGGGAGAAGCUAGAACACGAGUUUCUGGAUACGGACUCCCAGUCGGGCUCCAACACGGUGAACCAGGACGAUGACUCCUUCAGCGUCCUGGGUGGGGACUCGCUGAACGAGCAGGAGCUCCCGGAGCAGGAGAUGCCGCCACUGUUCAUGCACCUGACCUGCUCCGUGAAGCUGCGCAGCCAGCACAGCUCCAUGCCUGUGCGCUCACUGCCCACCUGUCUAGGGGAGGUCCUGAGCUGCCUGGAAAGCUGCCAGGCCAUGCGCAGCAUUGACCUCGCUGACCUCUGUGUGACCCUCGAUAUCUUCGUGCUGACACUGCCUCUGGAGAUCGACGUGGUGAAUGCUGAUAUCCACCACAACCGGUGUACGUCUGAGAGCAGCGUCUCAUUCACCCGCUCCCCUGGGCAGCCCUCCUCCUUCCGCUCGGAUGACGAGAUCAUGCCCAGCCUGGACCGGCUGCCUUCAACGGGGGACGAGAGGCACCCGGCACUCUCCAACCUCCCCGGGGUGCACAGAGAGGCCAUCGAAGCCAUCAUGAAUGAGAUCCGCUGGCUGCUGGACGACGAGAUCGUGUCUGCGCUGCGCCACUCUCAGGACAUCAGCGCUGACGUCCUUCACCGUGUGGCCGCCCACAUCCACCGCUCCCAGGGGCGGCCCAGCUGCCACAGCGAGGCUGUGCUGCUGCAGUUUGUCUUUGGGCCCGAGCACUCGCUGGAGAAGUUCCGAGAGGAGUUCAGGAGGAUGACGCUGCCAGGGUACGUGCUCAAUGCAGAAGGCAGCGAUUACCACUACAUCUCCAUCAGCCGCCUGCAUGCCCAACGGGCAGGACUUGGCCCACAAGACCCCCCUGAAUGUGCAGCCUCUGCCCUGCAUGGAGGGGGCCCUGAAGGAGCCCAGAGCCAGGCAGGGCUGGAGAGUGGCACCAAAGCUGAGGGACCUGCCCUACAGUAUCCACCUUGCACCCGCCCAGAGGAGCCACGGGGCAUCUGGCCGUGGCCCACGAAUGAGACCUGCAUCAGGGCUGAUGUGGGCAGCCUGCCAGACAAAGGCAGUCACGCCCAGAGCGAGGUGCCAGUUAUGGAGGAAGCGCCGAGGCCAGCACAGGGCAGAGUACUUGGACGGGGAUCCCUGGAGGAGGCUGUACUGGAGACAACCCCCCGGUCCCUGCCAUCGUCGGCCUCUGACAAGUGGAACAGCGAGAAAUCGCCAUCGGCGACGCCAUCUGCUGCCAGCCUGGCUGAGUCCGUGACCCACGGUCGGGAAGGCUCCAGCAAGCAGCAGCCCAGCCGGGUGCAGAGCCUGGUGUCAAGCCAGGGCAGCAUGGACUCUGAUCACCUGGGAUAUGAUGGUGGGAGCAGCGACUCGGAGUGUGAGGAGGCACUGAUGAGUGACCAGGACCCGCAGUGCCCACUGAUGCCCGACUUCUGGCUGAUUGUAAAGAUCCAGCAGGACCGCGUGGAGGUCUAUUCCCAUACACGCAGCCUGAGCGCAGAGAAAGCGGCAGUGGCCGAGGCAGAGGAGGAGCCAGCUGGGACCUGCCUGCGCCUACACCAGGCCGUGGUGAGGAAUAUCAGCGAGAUCUGCAGGGUGGUGAAUCAGCGCCUGCUGCUGCAGGACCUGCACGACAGCCACAUCUGCAACUCGCUGCUGGUGGCUGAGAGCGAGGAGGACAUCUGGAAGAGCGAGACCCCCUACACCUCGUACCGACAACGCGUGCUGCCCACCGAUGACUACUCAGCAGAAGAGAGCUACCAGCCCCGGGACUACCUGGCCGCCACCAUGCAGUUUGUGCCAGGGCACUUUGCCUGCGACGUGGUGUGGAGUACCAUCAUCCACGUGCACUCGCGCCUCAAGAUGGGGCCCAACAUGGGGGUCUCACGAGCCAUCCAGGCACUGCGCUCAGUGCUCAACGCCUUCUCCGUGGUGAACCGCAAGAACAUGUUUGUCUACCAGGAGCGCUCCACCAAGGCCGUCUUCUACCUGCGGCUCAUGGAAACCACCUACAGUGGGAAAGUAUGGGAAGGGGAGAGUACCCAGGGCCCUGUGUGCCGCUCACUGGCUCUGACACGCAGCCAGGAGCCCAUCUACCCUGAGGAUCUCAUGGGAUCCCGCUCUUCCCUCGACUUGGGCUCGUGCCGCAGCAUGGACUCCACCCGCCCCGUGGGCCAGGUGGACAGACACAUCCAGCUGAUGGUCCAUGGCGUGGCUCAGGCAGGGCCUGAGAUCACGGAUGAGCUGGUGAAGGUCCUGCGCCGACGUCUGGAUGAGGCCACGCUGGACAUCAUCACCGUCAUGCUGGUGCGGAACUGCAAGCUGACCCCAGCCGAUGUGGAGUUCAUCCAGCCCCCAGGGACUCCACCCACAGAGGUCCUGCAGUUCACCCUGCCGCCAUCCACUCUGCCCUGGCUCCCUGCCGUGGCCUACUACCUGCGCCAGAACCUGCUCAUCUUCCUGCACACGCCCAAGUACACUGACAGCAACGUUGAGCACCACUUCAAGCACUACUUCCACCCAAGCGGCAGCCUGCCUGAUCUGGACCUCUACCUGUACAACAAGCCGGGUGGGCAGGGCACUGGUGGCAAAGGCAUCGCGUGCAUUGCCCUUGCCUUCGUGGAUGAGAACGACAGCCCCCUUCUGCUGGCACCUGGGGAUCGGCCUGGCUUCCUGAGGCCACCACCCAGCACCGACCUGCUGCAGGACUCGGACUUCGAGAGCCUCACCGCAGUCAGCCAGCACCACGUUGAGCCAGGCAUGCUGCAGCCAGGCCCCUGCGCACGUGUGCGCCUGGACGUGUGGGAGAAAGGGAACAUCAGCCUCCUGCAGCUGUCGGAGAAGUUGCGUGGGGCCCUGCGCCAUGCCCUGUGUGAUGCCACCAUGGAAGUCCGUGUGCUGCCUGCCCCGCUCUGCAUGGAGUCCACCUGCCCCCUGGCCACCACCGAGCUGGAUGAGCUGAGCAGCGGUGGAGGCCUCAGAAGGACAAUGUCAGAGACCAAGGGGCUGGCUCAGGCUGCGCGCAAUGCUGGUACCAGUCGCAGGUGUCCAGCCCCCCUGCACUUCACCCCAGCUGCUACCUCGAGCCCCGGCGAGCCGGUCACACCUACAAGCAAGCUGGGACGCCGUAGCUUCUGGGACAUGCUGAGCAAGGCAGAGUCCUCAGAGCUGGGCAGCCCCAAAACCACUGAUGACAUCGUGCUGGAGCGGCCGGAGGAGACGCGCACACGGCGACGCCACAAGACGGAAAGUGUCAGGCAACACCUGAGCCAGGAGCGGGCCACGGCCACUGCUGAGCUAGAACAGGCCCAGAGGCGCCGCACCUGCCAGCUGGAGGAGGGGGACGUUGGUGUUAUGCACCCACUCUUCCAUCAGACCUGCCAGCAGUGGAUGGCAUUCAUGAGCCGCCUGGGGUGUCCCUCGGUGCAGCAGUGCUCAGUGGAGAUCGUUUCCCGCUUCCUGCUCCCCUCAGUCCUGGCUGAGGUGGUGAGCCUGGUCACUGCCCUGGCCAGCGACACCGCUCUCAAGGUGUUUGAGCGGCUCUGCUGCCCCUGGGGUGCCACCUUCCUGCCCUACAAGCCCAACCAGAGCACAAGCCUGCGGCCUGCUGCCGUCCGGCACUUUAUAUUACUUGGGCGCAGUUUCCACCAGUGGCGUUACAGCACCGAGCAGGUGGCUGGCAGCGCAGAGGAGCAGCAGGUCCCCCCUGCUCAUAGGUUCAAACCUCACAAGGGGCUCCAGCGCUUUGAGGCCAUGGAGCUCAGCUCCACGGAGAAGGGCUUGAGCUCUGGCCCCUCGGGGAGAGACCUGGUGCCCCGGCAGAGGUUCCUUCUCAUGGAGAUCAUCGACAAGAAGCUAACCCUCUACACCUACAACUGGUCCCCGGACCUGGGCAGUUCCCUGGCCAGCUCGCUCGUGCGCCUCCUGCAGUGGCAGAAUGCGCGCUCCCACGUUGUUCAUUGCCUGCUCAGCCAGAAGCUGGGGCUUUUCCACCACUACUGCUACAUGGACACACCCUGGCAUGAGGACGCCAAGCAGGAGCCGAACCCCUUCCUGAACUCCACGCUGGAGGUAGACAUGCUGAUCCGGAACCCCAGCCCCCCGCCCAGCCGGGAGCAGGGCCGGCUGAGCAGCUCAGGGCGCAGCCUGCCCUCCCUGCACUUUCCCCCCGACAUGGUGCCCUUCGACGAGGCCCUGCGGGACGUCCCUGCUGUCAAGUGCCUCCCCCACGGGCCAGACCUGGGGCCGCUUGACCCUGUGUCUCGCCAUGGCGCUCAGUUCUUGGAGAUCAAGAGCAUGGAGAGGAGAGAACUGGAGAAGCAGAUGAAGAUUGAGAACCUCUUUGUGACCUGGCAACAGAGGUCAGCACAGUCCAACAUGCCCAUCAGCCUGGCUGACCUGGAGACGCUGAAGCAGUCCUCACGCCUGGUGCACUACUGUGCCACCCCCCUGCUCUUUGACCCUGCAUUCCGGCAGCAGAUCCAGGCUGACCAGCAAGCCAAAGUGGAGGGGAAGAAGCGCCAUCGCUCCAAUGACUCAACGGCCUCAGGGAGGGACCGCAGCCACAGCUGCGACUCCACAGAGGCGCUGCCCUGCAAGCUGAAGGAGGAGCCAUGGCUCUUGGAGAUGUGUGGCGCCUUCCUGCAGCAGUACAUCCAGUACCUGCAGAGCAUGGGUUUUAUCCUGGUCCAGGUGCGGCCCCCCUCACCCACCCGCAGCACAAGUCGGAUACGUGCGCUGGCAGCCCUGGGCACUGAAGGCAGAGGCUCCUUCUCCUACAAGCCCAAAGCAGAUGGGAGCCCCAAGAGCACCAGCCCCCCUGUCGCCACCUACCACCUGCAGCGCGCUCUGCCUGGCGGGAUCGUGCUCAUGGAGCUGGCAUUCCAGGGCUAUUACUUCUGCGUGAAGCAGUAUGCGCUGGAGUGCUCACGGAUCCCCAUGGGCCAGACGGUGAACUCACAGGGUGCUCUCACAGCCAGAGCCCGCAGCCAGAGCUGCACGGGACCCGGCUCCGUCUCUGAGUGUGCGCUCUCCAUGCUCUUCACGGAGGAGUGUGACAAGGUGCGGGACCUCAUGCACGUACACUCAUUCAGCUAUGACUUCCAUCUGCGCGUGGUACACCAGUACCUGCUGGGCUCGCACAUGGCACUGCGCCAGGGUUACCACCUCACCAGCUUCCUGCAGGACUUCAUCGCCUACCACCCUGACAUCCCCAAGUUUGGCCGCAACCACGUCUUCCAGGGCAUGCUGGCCCUGCCCACCAACAUGAUCACAGCCCACCAGCUCUACAACUACGUGGCUGACCAUGCCAACACUUACCACAUGAAGCCCCUGCGCAUGACCCGGCCAGCGGGAGGCAGUGAUGGAAAGAAGGGGCCCCCAGGCACGGAGCAGAACGAGUAUGCCCUGGUCUCCAUCUGGAACAGCUCGGGCUCCUACAAGGACUCGGAGGGGCUGCGUCACCACGAUGACUUCGACGUGUCCCUGCUGGUGUGCCACAGUGCGGCCCCCUUCGAGGAGCAGAGUGAGGCCGAGAGACACGUGCUCCGCCUGUGCUUCUACGUGGUCAUGACAAGCCAGCGGGAGCUGUUCCCCCGGCUCACGGCUGACAUGCGCCGCUUCAAGAAGCUGCCGCAUCUGCAGCGGGACAUGCUGGAGCCUGUGGUGGGCCGCGCACCCGGGGAGGCACCGGGGCCAGGGCUGGAGCGGCAGCAGCCGGCAGAGCGGGAGCCCUGGCAGGAGGUGGAGGACGGGGGCGAGUUCUACGCGGGCAGCUCGCCCGUGAAGCUGGGCCCCGGCCUCUUCUACACCUCGCCCCUCUUCCCGCUGCUGGCCUCCGAGGUGGCCUCGGCCCAGCAGCAGCUGAGCAGCCUGGUGCAGCUGGCCAAGCGCCACUGCCGCCGCGACAACCUGUGGAAGCGCCUCUUCCUGCUGGAGCCGCUAGCCUCCGACAAGCUCAAGCUGGGCAAGCUGUCACUGGCCGAGCUGGAGGAGCUGCUCAAUGCCGUGCACGGCAAGUCCAUCGCUGACAUCGACCCCCAGCUGGGCUGCUUCCUCACCAUGACGGCAGCGUGGUACCAGAGCCUUAUCAAGGUGCUGCUCAGCCGCUUCCCGCAGAGCUGCCGCCACUUCCACAACGCUGAGACGGGCACCCAGUACCUGGUGGUGCUCAACCAGAAGUUCACUGACUGCUUCAUCCUCAUUUUCCUUGAUUCGCACUCAGGAAAGACGAGCCUAACGGUGGUUUUCCGGGAGCCGUUCCCCGUGCAGCCCCAGGACAGCGAGAGCCCUCUGCCACAACUGGUGUCCACAUACCAUCACCUGGAGUCUGUCAUCAACACCGCCUGCUUCAACCUUUGGACUGGACUGCUCUAAUGCUCGCGCUAGCACCUCAGAGUGGGACACGGCCCCAGGCCAGCUCCCGUGUGCACCAGGGCUACAGUGGCAGCACGGGACUGGCAAAACCUGGGGCUGAGGGGUGCAGGGAGCCUGGCUGCCCCUCGGGCCUCAGCUAAUGCCAGCCCCCUGAGGUGUUCCUUGUGGCUGCAGGCGGCUGCCAUUGCACAUGGACAUGCAAGAUGGACAGGGAACGGACAUACAGAAUGCAGGGAGGCCCCGAGGGUCAUAGCUGCCAUGCAGCAGAGCCGCUUCGGGGCCAUAGACCCGGCACAACCAUGGGCAUGCUGGUGAGCUGCCACCAGAUGUGGUAGCUGUACCUGUCCCUGCCGCACACUUGGUGAUGCAGAGCACUGCAGCUUCAGCCCAGGCCAGCACUUCCCUGGGGCUCCAGAGCAGACAAAACACUGGAGCAGAGGCGGGAGGGCUGCCCGUGUCGCUGCCUCACCCUGUGCUGGCACCAGCAGGUUGUAGGGGCAGCCCUAGGCUGUAUCAAGGAGCAGUGUGGGGGUAUCUGUACAAUAAACUGCAGCAGACAGCAA